AUGCCAUUGAAGUGCUACCGGUGCUCCUAUCAAGCAACCCGUGCCGAUUCGUAUGAGCAUCUUAGACAUUACUUUCCUGAUGAGCAGCCGUCAAAGGUCGACGCUGCACAUGUUAUCGGAGUACUGGGAGAUGUGGACUUGAGAAAUGGAAAAUCUGUCCAGAAGGAAGGUGCUAGUGAACUGACGACCAUUAGUGGAGAGACGAAGCCCCUCAGCGAGUUUAGCGCCAGAGAAGCUUUGGAAGCCAUGGUUGGACCUGAAAAAGCAAUUCCGGUAAACGGUUUGUCUAUAAGCCGGUAG